CGCCCCUCCCGUGGCGCCCACUUGUUGCGUCACUGCAGAUUAAGCGAACAAACGUCAACACAGGAGCCCUCAUCACCAUCAUCAUCGCAACAAACCUCUUAUUUACUACUAUACUACUAAUAACACUCAACGAUAUAAAGUACACAUUCUGCUUUUAAACAUGUGUAUCAAUUUAACCGUAGCUCAACAGGGGGAGGGCAUCGUAAGAAAAACUUGAUUCUCAAUAGGCCGUGAAGAAGGAAGGGGGUUUGUCAGGCGGUGGUGGUUUAGGGUCGCACACGAUACAGUACAAUAGAAGCUCAAUUCAAUACAAACUAUAAUUAUAACUAAUAACGGUAGUAGCCGAUACAUAUUCACGGGAGAUAAUAACAUAUGCUCAAAAAUAUAAAUACGUCAGUUGUACAAACAACGGCGGCGACACGUAUUGUUAUCGUAGCUGCAGCGCUGUAGAACGUGUAACUUUAACAAUGCAGUGCAGUAAUUACCAUUAAGGAUAAUACCGUACAGUAACAAUACAUUUAAAAAUAAACAGCUGCAUGUACAGCACAUAGAAUAUACAGUACAGCGAUGGGUAUCUAGCAUUUAAACUAUAAAUAAUUAACAGCUUUAGAGAACAAAGCAUACAUAGUAUAGAAUACACAGUCUAGUGCUGUUACGUACAGCACUUAGAAUACACAAUAACACGAUUACUACAGACAAUGCAGGUUAUAUAAUAGACUGUACACAAGCAAUACACCUUAGCUUAUAAACUACAGUAUACACAGUUUACAUACAGUGCAUAGACUGUACUGCAGUAUAUACAAUACAUAUUUAAUGUACUUCGUAGGCUAUAUGAAAGUAAUAUUGUAAUACACAGAACAUAGGUUACUGACUCCACGCACACUACAUACGUGGUGUUUACAACAUUGUUGUAUAGACUACGGACUGCAGGAGAAACCAGUACAGCUCGUACAGCACACACACAGUGUGUCUGGUGCAGAAUCUCCAGGGGGAUAAGGAAACAAAGAGACAGAGGGAGACACGGAGAGACAGAGAUACUGGGACAGGCAGACAAGGAGACGGUGAGACAGAGAUACUGGGACAGGGAGACGGUGAGACAGAGAUACUGGGACAGGCAGACAAGAAGGCAGAUAAGGAGACGGUGAGACAGAGAUACUGGGACAGGCAGACACGGAGACAGACAAGGAGACGGUGAGACAGAGAUACUGGGACAGGCAGACAAGGAGACGGUGAGACAGAGAUACUGGGACAGGCAGACAAGGAGGCAGACAAGGAGACGGUGAGACAGAGAUACUGGGACAGGCAGACAAGGAGACGGUGAGACAGAAAUACUGGGACAGGCAGACAAGGAGACGGUGAGACAGAUACUGGGACAGGCAGACAAGGAGGCAGAUAAGGAGACGGUGGAACAAGGAGACACAGGCAGACGAGGAGACACAGGGAGGCAGAGAGUAGUCAAGGGGAAGGGGGCAGGCAAGGGAAUCGAGGGAGACGGUGGAAUCAAGAGGAGUAGUAGGAGGAGGCAGGCAGGCAGGCAGGGGGGGAGCCCAGUCACCCGGGGCGCGGUGGGGGGGCAGCGAUGAUGGCUCAGGCUGAAGCGAGGGACGCCGAGGCCGAGGCCGGGCCCGGCUCGCCCGGGGUGGCCCCGGCGGAGGAGCCCGUGAAGAAGCGGCCCCGUCUGGACGAGCCGGGCCGCCAGGGGGGCAGCGGUGGUGGUGCUGGUGGUGGUGUUGGCGGCGCGAACAGCAACAAGCUGGAGGAGAGGCUCUACUCCGUGCUGUGCUGCACCGUGUGCCUCGACCUGCCCAAGGCCUCCAUCUUCCAGUGCUCCAAUGGACACCUGAUGUGCGCCGGCUGCUUCAUCCACCUGCUGGCCGACGCGCGGCUCAAGGAGGAGCAGGCCACGUGCCCCAACUGCCGCUGCGAGAUCAGCAAGAGCCUGUGCUGCCGCAACCUGGCGGUGGAGAAGGCGGUGAGCGAGCUGCCGGCCGAGUGCGGCUUCUGCCUCCACCAGUUCCCCCGCUCCUGCCUGGAGCACCACCAGAAGGAGCUCUGCCAGGACCGAGGCUGCGGGGGGGAUUUAAGAGACUUGCCCAUUGUUUCAACCGCCGUGCCAGGAGAUCGAAUCGAACCGUCGACCUCUGGAUUGCAAGUCCAGUGUGCUAACCGUUACGCCGCAGCACCAUCCCAAAUAUGGCUGACGAACUGUCGGUACCAGCGCAUCGGGUGCCCGUGGCAGGGCCCCUUCCAUGAGAUCAGCGCUCACGAGGCCGAGUGCUGCCACCCCAAGAAGACCGGCUCCGAGCUCAUGGGUGUGCUCGACGAAAUGGACCAGAACCACAAGAAGGAGAUGCAGCUCUUCAAUGACAUCUUCACUCUGCUCAGCCUGGAGAAGAUCGGAUACACCGAGGUUCAGUUCCGACCCUACCGGACGGACGACUUCAUCACGAGGCUGUACUACGAGACGCCGCGCUUCAACAUCCUCAACCAGACGUGGGUGCUGAAGGGGCGCGUCAACGACUCGGAGCGCAACCCCAAUCUGUCGUGCAAGCGAGCGCUCUCCUUCCAGCUGAACCUCAAGAGCAAGCUGAGCUCGCCCAUGGAGUGCGCCUUCCUGCUGCUGCGUGGACCGUAUGACGACGCCCGCGUCACCCCCGUCGUGCACUACUUCACCUUCACCAACGAGGGCAACGAGACUGAGUACCUGCCCCUGCCCAUCGUCUCCGCCGUCGAGUGCAACAAGCUGCUCGCCGCCAAGAACAUCAACCUGCGCCUCUUCAUGUUCCACGUGCAGAAGUAGGGCGACGGCGGGGAGGAGGAGGAGGAGGAGGGAGGGUGGAGAAGACGAGGGUGAGGCGAGGGGGGCGGAGAGGGGGAGGAAGCGGAGGAGGAGAUUGAAAACACGUGAAUAACUGGAGCGAUAAAGCGGCGAGAGCCGGCGAAUGCACGGGCACGUUGAGUAAGAUACGAGUUGUGUUUACGGCAAGUAAAUGUGGCGUUUUAGGAGAAAGCGAAAUGAGAUGUCCGCGUGGUAAAGUGCCCUCCCGCUGAAACGGAGCGUGUGGAGGCACUCGCUGUCCGUCGGCAGCCGACGUCGACGAAGAUUCCUCAUCGCUCUCUGGGCCCCUCCUCCUCCGCGUGGGAUGACCACCGGGCGAGUACAUGUUCGUGAAAGGCGGGAUGUUGCAGGCGGGGCUGUUGCUCGACCCGUUGAUGUAAACAGAAGUGUUUGUUGCGUCUGCGCUGUCCAGGUGCGGGGGCGGGCGAGAGACGCCUACGGGGUGGGGAGCGUUGUGCGUGCGCGGCUGUCGGCCGCCGCCGGUAGCCGCCACUCGGAACGUUCCCGAGCGCCGGACCGUUGCCAGUGCUCGGCCGCGGGCACGCCGAGGAAAAGAGAAACGUUAAAAACAACAGGAUGGGCUGUGGGCAGGAAGUUUAAAAAGUAAAUAUAUCAUAUCCGAGUUACAUCUACUGAUUUAAACGGCGCCGCUGAUCGCAAAUCUUUUCUGCAGGGUUUAAUUUUGUUUCAUUCUGAACAGUCGUCGGGGACAGGGGAGGGGAGGGGAUGGACGGCACAAGGGGCGGGUGACGAGCUAGCGCGUUGCAUGGCAUGCGAGGUCCGCUUUACCGUCAUCACGGUUGGCGUGGUUAAAUAUUCUAACUGCACAUUAACGCGUCACAUGCUCGCAUCCGAACGGUUCGACAAGAAGAGUUGUAGAUGUCGUUUGCCCAUUUCAUCUGUGACCUGUGUACUUUUCAUGACGGACGAUGGCCGUGCGGAACGGUUGAGGCGUCAACAACCCAACUGCACAUCCGGCGAACUGCGCGUCACAUCGGUUGCGUGGACACACACAUACCGCUCGUUUGGGACGAAGAUGUAGAAUUUUAAGUGAAAUCUCGAGCUGUGUGCGUGACGUGACGGACGAGUAUCGGUGCGCUAAGCUACGCAGGUUCUUCAACUCCAGUCCUGAGGCUGCGGUAGCAGCCGCUUUGUGGCGGAGCGAGUUGGCCACAUGGUGGCGAGCUGCGGACGAUGCAGCAGAGUGGGCGGGUGGUAGUCCAACAAAUAGGCUGCUCACCUGCCUGCAAUUCAUGUUUUGCGCAUGGUCACUCUGCUUAUUUUCCUCCACACAAACCACGAUUACUGAAGCAUUCGUUUUACCCAGAAUCCUCAAGCAUUACUCUUUCCCCCCCCCACCCCCAAAACAUUUUUUCCCCCUGGGUAAAUAUAAAUUUAAUAAUUCAAAUUGCCGAUUUAAAAAAAAUUGUGCUCCCAUCAACGACUGGAGUUUGAGAACUGUUUUAACGUGGUUAUGUUUUUUUUUAAUUUGAAGUACUUUGGUCUGAGAUUUAGCGGAGUUUUUUUUCUGUGUGUGUAAUACUUUGUCAUUGUUAGCGAUGCAACAGAUCAAACCCGCUAAUUUCCGUGCUAAACUUUUUAAGCUUACGUGACUAUCUUUGUUUUUCUUUGGAUUUAACUUCAUCAGUUCGUGACGUUUCGACGUCUCCUUCACCCCCCCCCCUCCCCCAUGUUGUUGUUGUUGUUUAUGGAACCCUCGCUCGGCAUGCCUCGGUUUGGUUCACUGUAACGAGCGUAGUAGGUUUACUUUACGAUGUAUUGUGGUGAAGAAUAAUAAUGACAACAUGCUAUAUUCCAGUUUUUCACGAGUACAUAUCGACACCUAACUAGUUGUGUACUUCGUGCCAAACAUUUGAAGGUCUAAUUUACAAUGGAACCCCCCCCCCCCCCCACCACCACCACCAUGAAAUACAAUUAAAAAAUAGAGAGCGGAUCCAGUGGCAUUGUCGUUCUUGUGAGAAUAUCUUCACGCAAACUUGUUUUCGGCUGGUUGAGGCUCAUUGAGAAAACCGGCCCUGCCGAUUGGUCGACCACAGCCCAAGACUGUCGGCAGGGGUGGCGGCAGUCACAGGACACUGGCGGUCAAGAGCCGUCCCUAGGGAGCAUGGCGAAUUGGGGCGACUGCCCCAGACCCCACGCUAGGGGGGGCGGGGGGAUCCCACGUGCUUUGACGUCAGUCAGAUGUGAUACUCCCGGUUCGUUCGACGCGCGAUUUGCCCCGGCGGCCACACGACCCUGACCGCGGUUACAAAGUUACGGCGAGAUUUGGAGAGAGUGGAAAUAAGGCGCGCUAUGUACAUCUAGACGAUGUGAGAUCUACGCUGGACAGAUUCGAACCCCUUGUGCAUGAGCAACUGCUGGAUACGAAUAUUUCCCGCGCCUUUCGUUAACCACUCCUGGACCGGCCCUUCUUGUGCACGACUCUUUUUUUAGUGAGGUCAUCGACUUUGUGAGCAAAAGAAUAGGCCACGCACAUUAGUAAAAUUAUACACGAUGGAAGUUAAUUUCACAAAGCGAAUGGGAACACUUUCACUGCAGCGAAUGCGCCGUCGCAAUACAAUGUGCAUGCGUAAAUAAUAAGACGUACCUUUUGCGAAUGAAUAAACAAUGGCACAGAAAUUCAGACCAGACAGCAAGUUUAAUUUACUACAUUUCUCAAUUUGUGGGUGUACACAUUGGUAAGAUGCACUGGGCAAGACGUGAAUUGUUACAUAUAGUACAGUAGAUGGCACAAUGUGGUUUCCAAACACACAUUGCUUCCCACAAACCCUCAACGACCACGUGGAGAUUUGUUAACGCACAGCACAUGCGGGUCCUAUUCAAAAUCCUUCACCUCAUCCAUAUCCCGUUACUUAUAAAGACGUGACUUUUUUGAUUGGAGAGAAAAAAAUACUUUAAGUUACUUAGAACAAAACACCCCUCUCGCACAGACUGCAUGAAGGCAAACUGGAUUCAACUCGAGUGUAACUUUUAUGCUUCCGUUUGGGAAAUCUCCGCCAAGGCCCGGCCGUUUCAAGAAGCUGUUGGGGGAUUGUUUUACAGCGCAGCUCCCCAGACUGCGGAACGCUUCUUCGCCUUUGGUUAUCGGAGUCAUUGGUUUCACUUUUGUUGAAGUCUUACCUUUAAAACGCACCUCUCUAAAUUGACCUC